AUGGCGUCGAGUCGCAUGUCUCGAGGGGAUGAGGGUGUGAGAUCGAUGUCGCUCCAGCAACCUGCGGCUGAAUACCCGACCGCCCAUCUUGCUCGAUUGCCCUUCAUUCGAUCCGGCCUGUCUCUGUUUCUCCUCGACCUGAUGCAGACACAUGAGGCGGGGUACGUGCGAGGGCUAUGCCGAGAGCACGAUCAACCACCCAGCCGAGGGGCGAUCGCAACGAGUGAGAGUAGGAAUUCAGGAGAAGGACAAGUGUAUAAAGACACAACUACACAGAGCACGACCACUGCCGUCGCCAUCGUCGCUCUCUUGUCUCUUUCUUGUCCGCUUGCAGAUUUCUCUUGUUCGCCUAUCCUUCCCGCAUUCUCGCAUUCACGCUUCUGUGCUACUGCUACUGUUUCUCUUCCGAUCCCCUUGCUCUUUGCGCUUCGCCACACCCACCUCUCGUCCAAAUCUACCCCUACGACUUUCCGAUACAUCCUCCUUCACCCUCCGUCUUACCUCCGUCUACGUUCGUCUUACGUCGUCUACGCUCGCCUUCAUUCCUCUCCGUCAACUUCGCCGUCUUCGGUGUCGCGACCUGACCAUCUCCGAACCACCCUCCUCGCUCCGCUCGCCGGCCACAACCAUGUCAAAGUGGCGCGCCUCCUUCUCUGUCGCGUAUCCCACCUCCAGUCCCGAGAAGGACCUAGCUUGGGCGCUGGAGAUGGACUCGUUGCUCGACAGUGUGUCCCUUCCGCCACAUCCUCCUCUCCCUCCCCUCCCUCCGCUACCGGCGUUCACAUCGGCGGGGACAGCGAGCGAGCAGUCAACGCAAAAGAAGAGGACGAGCUGGGUCUGGGACUGGGUCUUUCCGCUGCCUAUCCAGCUGCCUGGCGCUUGGCCCGCGUAGGCUCCUGUACUCCUGUACCCCAUGCCGGGGUGCGAUGCUCGGACAAGUUCGCUCCGAUCCGAGCGUCCAUCGAUCAUCGUUCCGCUCGCCCGCUCGCCGCACGCUCGUCACGACACAAACAUCAAAUGGAGGGAGCCGGACCCCCGCCGGCCGCCCUACGUUGGCCCGGACCCGGCGCGCCCGGCGCUCGACUUCGAAAGAUCGAAAGACUGAGACCAAGAUUGAGUCGUCGCAUGUCUCAAACCUCUCCACACACCUACAAUGCAUUCCCAUCCGCCCACCUCCCGCACUUAUUCACGACUCAGCGACGACACGACCUAAACAUCUGUAGUGUAUCUUCUUCCCAAUCUGCAUGCGAAACUUGUUUGUAUCCUCUCUUGCCCCUGGCAUCCAAUACAGGCGACGAUUAG